AUGACGCACGCAGGCACUCAUCAGGCUGGGUCUUCCAAAAAUCGGAGACCAUAUGGUGUCGCAUGUAUAACAUGUCACCGGGCGAAGACGAAGUGCAUAAAGUCAAACGUAGAAAAUAGUCGAUGCGACCGUUGUGCCAGGUUAGAAAGGGAUUGUGUAUAUGAGCCACAUCGCCGGGGGCUUUGGCGCCGAGAGCAGAUGGACGAAAGGCUCCGAGACCUGAAUGGCGUGACAAGUAACGAUGACAAUCACCUCUCCAAUGGACGAUUGCCAGGUUCAAGCGAUAGCAGAGCUCCUCUCGGAGCUCAAAUAGCAGGUCGCGAUUCACAAAUAAACGACAGUAGCAUGCUCUCCUGCGACCAUGCAUUUGUUUCGAGUGCCGAGACUUUAUUUUCUGAAUCCAUGAGGCCUCAACGAGAGACUAGCGAAGCCCCCUCUAUACCUCUUUCGUUUAUCUCGCUUCUGGACGACACUCGAGCUCUUUCUCUCAAUUCCGUCCUCGACCCUGAGAAGGGGCUUCUAGCUGCUGCCGAAAAUAAUAAUACAGAAUUAGGCACUGAUUCGGAUGACGGAAUGUGGGAAGGGGGCGAUGACCCUAUUCAUCUUCGUCUUUUAAGUCAACCAUCUGCCGAGUAUCUUUUCGAGGGGUUCUUUAAACACUUUAACCCUCUUGUCGGUCUACUAGACCCUCAACUUUACACAUUCUCACAUACACGAGAGACGUCCCCCCUACUCCUCUCUACGAUUCUGGCUAUAUCAGCAAGGGUUCUCCAACCAGAAUCUUACGUAGCCGUUCAAAAGCAUUCAGAUACCCUUCUGGCUCAAGUGUUGCUUACUUGCGACGUUGCUAUUGAGAAUAUUUGGGCGAUAGUGUGUGUAUAUCACUGGAAAAACGUCAAUGAUACUCGGGGCUAUACUCUGCUGGGCUUCGCGAUACGAAUGGCAGCUUCUGCCGGGUGGAAUAAAUUCCGGGGUGGCAUGGACUUCGCAUGUAAGCCACAGGCUAUUGACCAUCCACAAGUCAACCUGGCUCGGCAACAGCGAGAUCAAGAGAGGCUUUGGCUGGCAUUAGGCAAUCUCGACCGAUCUUCAAGCCUCUUCACCGGCCGACCAGUUGCUAUGGAAAUGAUCAACAAAGAGAUAGGGGCUCGAGGGUGGUUGUCUUGUGAAACAUGGGCUUAUCCUCAAGGGGAUAGUAAAGUCGUUGGGACUUUCGAGCUGACACAGAUAUCUUGCCCUGUCCUGGACGCAAUGACGAAUUUGCGAGAAGCACAAGAUCCUUCUUCAGCAUCUACAAGCUUUCAGUCUUUUCGGAAAGCUAUGGAAGCCUUCAACGUUGCCGUGACCGAGUGGGGCCAAUACUGGAGCUCGAAAUUCAUGGAAUUACCCGACUCUGAACCUUUUCAAUCUCACCUGACUCUAUUUUUCCAAGAUUAUACACGGCUCUACUUUAAUUCUGUUCUCCUGCAUCGACUUCUACUCAUCGAGAAGUCUGACAUCUCUUACAGUGGUGCUGUCGAAGGCACAAUGCAACUCUGCUUUUCAUGUGCUUUAGGUGUGCUACAGCACAUGAUUAAGAUGGGACACUUAGAUAUUCUAUACUUUCUCUGGGAUACUGCUUAUCUAAUGACAGGUUACUCUGCUAUGAUGGUACUGAAGCUUCUGAACCAAUUUCGUCAUCAACGACUUGUUUCGACACGCAAUGCAUUCGAAACGCUUACUGAAAUCAGCGAUCUAUAUUCAAUUGCCGCCAGAUCUCUUCACACAGAGGAGGAAGUAUCUGUCUUAAACGCCAAACGAAAAGCUCGGUCGAGUAACCCUGCCGAGGUCCAGGCACGGCUUUUUGGAGCGAUUCUGGCUCGUCUAAAAACAAACUACAAACCUGCCACGCCUGGUAGUAAUGGCUCAUCGUUACAAGCAAGCUCGGGUACCGUUUUAACAUCAAUCGACGGUGGUUAUCAAGGCGAGAUUGCCAACAUAGGCGUGGGGGACGAAGGGACAUCUCAUAACUUGUUCCCUGUGCCAAUGGCAGGUCAAGCUGAAAGUUCUGAUUUAACACCUCGUCGAGAGACUGACUACGUGGCCGACGGCGAUUUUAUGAACUCCAUGUUUACGCUUGCUGGAUUAGUCUCCUGGGACGAGCCAGUUAUUACGUGUCUUAAUAAUUAA